UUAUUAAAUCUUUAUUUUCUUUGAGAUAGUUAAGCUACCAAAGCUAAGGCUGGUAAAAUACACGUAUUCACAAAAAAACUUGGCUAAAAUGUCGCGAGCACAAGCCGAAAGUGUGAUUAAGAAUAUUAUUCGUGAAAUUGUGCAAGAAUGUGCAAGCAAAGGUCACAGUUUGUCGGAAACGCUUGUAGCCUUCAUGGUAAAGGCAGUGGUCUUGGAUCCUCAAAAUGAGUUCAAUGUUGAUAGGACGUUAACGAAAGAUGACGUUCAAAAACUAAUAAAGUAUUGUGUGGAAAGAUUGGUUGACGCACGAUCACCAAGUUUGGACACGAUUAAAAUGCAAGUCUAUUUCGACAUGAACUACACAAGCAGGAAGGAAUUUCUCGACGAACAUCGCCGUGUUUUAGAAGCCAGACUUACACCAGUCACCCGAGAGAUCACUGAUAGCAGAGCAAGGACAAGAGAAGAACUAGAAAGCUUAUACAGGAAAAUAGUUUCGUAUGUUUUGUUACGUUCCGGGUUGGGAUCGCCCACAGACAUCGCUGUCGUCAGAGAAGCAACGGCUGCUCUUCAGAGCGUUUUUCCGCAAACUGAACUUGGAACGUUCAUGUCGCUCACCAAGAGGGAUAAGGAACGACAAUUACAAGAACUCACGUUUAUUGUGUCCGGUAUUCGUCUGUUCAACAAGGAAUGUGGGAAAGGAGGGGAAGGAAUUGAUGAUUUGCCGGGAAUCCUAAACGAAGCAAUUCCAGCUACAACUCAAAACGUGGACAUAGAAAUACAAAACAGUCAGCAAUCUGCGUUCAGGUUCACUGCAUUAGUUGAGCACUUCCAAGCCCUGGAUCCACCAGUGUUGCCAAAUGAGAUUCCUGUCCAACUAUUAAAGGAAUCCCUGAUUAAUGUUCGGCAACACGAAGCAUUCCUGCGUAUUUUGCUGAACGAUAUCAUUGGUUGCGCUCAACAAGUUGAAAUGCUCGUCAACCAAUUAGGAGCCAGGAUGGAUCAGCUACAACAAACUGUCCAAUCAAAAACCGCCGUGCCAACUGCACAAGUAUACCCUCAGUUCAUCAGCAUCUCACACUUAUGGACUUGCUUUCAAGAUGAAAUGGUCUUGCUCAGUGUGUUGAGUAAUAUCCUUGCAAGUAUUGAACCUUUCACCAGGACACAGCGUGAUUUGUUUCCUGAAGAGAUCCUUGUUCCACAUCUGGAAGGAGUUGUCAUCAAAUCUGAUGAACAGAGGAUCCAUGAAACCAUGGGCAACCGAGUAAAUCCUGAUGAUUUUAUGGACAAUCCACAACUACAAUGGCUGUUUCCUGAAACCACUAAAAAUUACGACCGACUUUUGCUUCAAUAUCGUGGUUGUUGUGGUUAUACCAUCAUCAAACAUAACAGACUGCUGCUUCCAGGCAACCCAGACAUUGGUAUCCUUCAAUACCAGGACAAGCUGUACGUGUUCAGUUCACGAUCAGCAGCGUACGAGUUCGCAGCUUACCCUGAUAAAGCAAUCGCCCUUGUAGCCGAAGCUGCCAAAAAAUCCCCAGAACUGAUCCAACUUCUGGAGUUACAUCAACAAUUUGCUGCCAUAUCUCCUUAUUCUCAGGGUGAAGGGCGUAUGAUUGAAAAACCAGUGACCAAAUCUGACAGUGGUACGCAGACUGACACACAUAUACUUGAGCACAACAUCGUGAAAAACUAUGAAUGGAACGAAUGGGAGCUUAGAAGAAAAGCUCUUAAACUGGCAAAUCUUCGAACCAGGAUCACCAAGUCAAUGCAGACGAAUCUAAGCAACAUUCGUCGAGACAACGAAACGCAAGUUUAUCUUCUUAAGGAUCAAGGGGCGCAAACGAAACGAGAUGGACAGAGUAAUGUGCCAAGACCACAGGUUUUCUUAGCAGGCUUGCGUGGAGUCCGGGGAAUAAGAACAAUGGUGAAGAUGGACCUCACACGUUCUGUUGAUGAAAUAUAAGUUUCCACUGUUAUGUCUCAUUCACACUGUAAUGUUAUGUUAUAAGGAAAAGAUAACUAUUUUCGAAAUAUAAGUCUCUAUAUGUAA